AUGUCGGUGCGGCUGUUCUCGCUGCUCCAUGUGUUCCUUCUGCUCGAUGGGGCGAAUCCGAUCUAUGCCGCCAAUCCGGUCCGAAAGGUGGUCAACUUGUUGCAGAACAUGAAGACCAAGGUCGAGAAAGAAGGGGAGACGGAGAAGGAGUUGUACGAGAAGUUUCAGUGCUACUGCAAGAAGAACAUUGGUGAAAUGGAAGAGAGCCUGAAAGUCAAUGAAGCAAAACUUCCGCCUCUACGGAAGAACCUCGUAGCAACUGAAGAAGAGCUGAACAAGGUCACCGCGCAAAUCCAAACGGCCAAGACGGAACGUCAAGAGGCGGAGGAUGGUGUGGCGCAGGCCGCCGCCCUGCGGCGGGGUGAAGCUGAGAGCUUUCAGAAGACCUCCGAAGAGCAGACAAAUGCAAUCGAAUCCAUCGAGCAAGCCAUUGCAGCGUUGACCAAGGGCAUGGCUGAGUCCUUUUUGCAGACGGACGCUGCUGAGUCCCUCCGGAGGUUUGCCUUUGACAAGGAUGGGCUAGAGGAGAUGGAACGCCAGGACCUUUUAGCUUUUCUGCAGCACGGUAGUGACUACGUGCCGCAAAGUGGCCAGAUCUUGGGGAUGCUGAAGCACAUGGGCUCCGACACACGGGAGGCCCUGGCAGAGGCCCAAGCCACCGAGGCCAAGGCGGUGCAGGAGUUCAAAGAGCUCUCAGCUGCAAAGAGCAAGGAGAUCAAGGCGUUGACCACAACCAUCGAAGAGAAGGUCGAAGAUCAGGGGGAGCUCAAAGUGGCGCUGGUGCGGUGGAAGUCGGACCUGGCGGACACCGAGGCGGCCCGCGAGGAGGAUCAGAAGGUCUUGCUGAGUCUCCAUUCCAGCUGCGACAAGAAGGCCUCUGCUUGGGAAGCGAGGGUGAAGACACGGGCUGAGGAGCUGCUGGCCAUCGACGAGACAGUAAAGGUCUUGGAUAGCGAUGAUGCCCGGAACAGCUUGAGGAAGGCCCUGCCUGAGACCUCGUUCCUGCAGGUGGACUCCGAGGACCGGAAGGCACGAGCCUUGCAGGGUCUGCUGCGCCAGGCGCCUGGUUCUGGUGCCGACUUGCUUUUGCUGGCCCUCAAAGGGCAAAAGAUUGGGUUUGACAAGGUGGUUCAGAUGAUUGACUCCAUGAAGGUCACCAUGAAGAAAGAGCAGGAGAACGAGAAAAAGAAGAAGGAGUACUGCAAGCAGCAGUUCACAGGUUCGGAUGACAAGAAGAGGGGCCUGCUGCUCCAAGUCUCGAACAAGGAGACCAAGAUGGAGAGCGCCAAAGAUGUGCUCAAGGUCAUGGAGUCCGAGAUCCAGGAGCUCAACGAGGGCCUCCAACGCUUAGACAAGGAUGUGGCGGACGCCACGGAGCAACGGAAGAAGGAGCACCAAGAGUUCCUGGAGAUGGAGAAGACCAGCGGCGAGGCGGCACAGCUCCUGCAAGUGGCCAAGAAGCGGCUAAAACAGUUUUAUGCGAAGCCGCCUUCAUUGGUCGAGGUGUCGGAGCUGGUGUCGGUGCCCGGGCAGGCGCCUGAGACCUUCGACGACUAUCACAAAGCCGACGAGGCUGCCGGGGUCUUUGUGCUUUUGGAUGCCCUCAUCCGUGACAUUGAACAUCAGAUGUCCCAGGUGGAAGAUUCGGGGAAGUGA